AUGCUUGACGCCAUCCAAUCCGUGGAAUACUACCAGGACGACGAAUUCCUUCCAAAAUCACCCCUCUUGACAGCCAGAUUUGUAAAGGCAACACCAUCUCCGACCCCACCACCCCAGAUAACAACAGUCGUCCGCCAUCAACUCAUUCGCCAGAGUAUCCGAACCCGGCCGACCCAAGGGGACAUGGUGCUCAUUCGUGAAAUGGAUCCUAAUCGCCCAGAUAUUGCUCAAAAAGCAAGCGAGCAGGCCUUGAACUCUGACUCUGAAUCAGACCAAGGGCCUGGCUCUGGGGACGACGAGAUGCCAGACGUUGAAACCUCCAACACGGCAACUGUCCUGUCCCCCCCUAAUCAUGGGCAGCCAAUACCGUCAACUACUCGUCCUGCCAACCAGCAACCUACUUUGCUAGAAGUACUUGCCUCAGCACCCGAUCCGAAAGCGACAGCUACCCACAGAGACUCCGUGAUCGAAGACGAAGUCAUUAGGCCUUUUGGCUUUGCAGCAGCAAACAGGCGCACCUCUCAACCAUCUGCACUGAAUGGUGUAAGAUCUAACGUAAACGGAACAAAUAGAACGCCAUCCAUCUCAACCGCAUUAUCCAACGUGUCACUGCAGCCACCAAAUCAGUUGCCAAACAGUCUGUCCCAGGAGAAUGACUCAGCAACAUCUCCUGGUCUACGGCAACUAACCAUUCCGCAACGAGGGGGACUUUCCGCAGAUACCCUACCAGCGUUACAGGCGCCAUCUCCUGCGCGUGAUGCAGCAGCAGGCUCGCCUAGUCAACAACUACCUUCGUUCCGACAUAUGGACGACAUAGCGAGGUCUGCAACGAGUGAUCACGAAGCAACCAGAUCCAACAGCAUCAGCUUCCCACAUAGACAAUCCGUGUCUUCUGUAGGACAGUCACCAACAUCGAUAGUGCGUGCUUUGUCCAUUAGCUCUCACUCUCCGGCAACGCCAUUUCCCCCACUAAGUGCCUCUUCGCCCAUGAGUGCUCAUGAAAUACCACACCGAGGUGAUCUGUUUCUACGCACCUCAGGGGGAGGUGCAUUUGGCACAGACGCCCGGAGACCAUCACAUGCAGCAUCAGACAACAGUCCUUACACAGCCACAUUGCACUCCGCAUCCACCAGUGACAGUUAUCAGAGCUCGGAUGGCCUCAGUCCUGGUACACAGCCAACGCCCAUCGAACCAAGGCAAAGGCAUAUGAGUUUAGAUGGUGCGCUCGCGUCGAGAGUGCUUCCACCUCCAUUGAACUCUGGGUUACAGCAGCAAUCAACCUCCCAUAUCGUUGGAUGUUUCAAGUGCGACUAUCCAGGCUGCACUGCUGCACCCUUCCAGACGCAGUAUCUUCUCAACUCGCAUACCAACGUGCAUUCGUCAAAUCGACCACAUUACUGUCCAGUCAAAGACUGUCCACGAGGCGAAGGUGGCAAAGGUUUCAAACGCAAGAAUGAAAUGAUACGACACGGGCUUGUGCAUCAGUCACCUGGAUACGUAUGCCCGUUUUGUCCAGACCGCGAGCACAAGUAUCCGAGGCCAGACAACCUGCAAAGACACGUACGUGUUCAUCACACUGAUAAGGACAAAGAUGACCCUCAACUUCGAGACGUCCUUGCUCAGCGACCCGAAGGUGGUAGCCGCGGGCGGAGAAGACGUGUAAGCGACUCUGGCCAUUGA